AUGGACUUGCUUACCAAGAACUUGAUGUUAGGCAAGAUUGAAAAGGUCAAAGCUAUGGAAUCUCAGUGCACUGUGGCUACUAAUGUAGAUAGAGAGGCAAACUAUGUGAGUAAUCAGGAGGUUUUUGAGGUAGUAGCCAAGGGAAUCAAGUUGGAGCAGCAGAUAAGCCAACUUUUUGCAACACUGAACCAGAGAAAAAGUGAUGGUAAAGAAGUUGUUGAGAAAUCUGAAGAAAGCAGUCCAGUGGAGUCUGAGAAGCUGGAUAGUUCUGUUGAUGCUUCGGAUAAGAACUUUAUAAUGGCAUCUAAAGGAGAGAGUCCUCAUCUUACCAAGAAGGAACAACAAAAAAGUGUACGCCGGAAACUCAUUGAUGAGGAGUCUGAUUAUGAGAAGAAGAACCUCUGUGCUUCUGAGCAGGAGGCAUCUGAACAUUCUAAACAUGAGCAGCAUAAGUCUGAAUAUGCUGAAUCUGGAGAAGAGGAACAGGAAGGGUUUGAGGAGUCUGAGUCUGAGGGAACAGUAUCCGGAUCCCCGUCCACUAAAAAACAAGAUGAAGAGUCUCCAGCUCGGGGAACACUUAUCAAAUGUCCAGUUAUGGAAGAAUCUGAGGAAGAAAUUCCAAUACUUGACCUUACUGGAGAUUCACCAAAGAAAAAGAAGAAAAGAGGGGAGAAAAAACGCAAAGAUAAGGGAGAAGAAUUGGAUAGGGAGGAAGAAAGAAGAGUGAAAAAGAAGGCUGAAAAAGAGGAAUUCAAGAAAGUAAGAAUUGAGUCCCUAGCGGAAAACGACAAAUGGGAGGCAGUCAUCCGAGCUAGGGAUGCAGGUGCCUCAUCUAGCAAAGCUCCAACCACUGCAAGGCUAAGUGCUCCCGAUAGAGAGAAAAUAGCUGAUGAUGCAGCGAAAGGGUCAGAGACCCAUAAGACUCGCGCUUGA